UGACAGUUGAAAACCUUCAGUAGAGGGGGGAGGCAACAGACUGUUUACUAGAAGUAUCCAGAUCCAGUUGUUGAUCAUCCCCAUGUUACUCAAAAGUGCUUAAGCAAUCGAUCUUCUAUCCUGCACUUGUCUUGAUAUUGGGACGACUUGGUAAACCAUCACAACAGGUGAACAAUUCAGAGUUGAUUUGUGUGUAGGAUGGAUUGCUCCACGUUCAAUUUACAAGGGGCAUCUGUUCAAACUAUGAAAGCAUGUUAAAUUACUCGUUAGCACUUAUUAACCACUCAAGUAGUCACAAGAGUAGAAAAAAUGGUCCAUUCUUAUACCUUGUUAAUAGAUGAAGUGAAAGGUUGUUGACUGCAAGUAAAGAACCAGGUAAGCUGUAGUGGCUUUCUGGAUAUAUUGGGAGAAUAUAACGGGAUUUCUAUGGCUGGGUUUUACUAGAGCAAGUGUCUAGUAAAACUGACACACACACCUUAAUUGACACAAGCCUGAUGAGUUUUGAAUAAGUUUUCGAGCAAGCGUUUGAAGGUUAAUAUUGCAGGUGCCUGCUAAAUCUCUAUUGGACGUUCAUUCCACAGGAGGUCAGUAACACUGAAGGAUCAGUUUUGUGCUGAUGUCAAAUGUGCCUCACCAACUUGGGGGACAGCCAUUGAUUCUCCCACAGGUAUUGGUGAUCGAGCUGGGGUAUAAGGGUCCUCCUUAUCCUAACAGCCUUGUAACGUAGAUUAGGCUGGUCUCAAAUUCACCUGACAAGUUUAACAGCUGAAUAAGGUUUUGAAGACAUGUCUUCCUGAAGAAAGUCUAGCAGGAAGUAUUGUAUGCUAUGCAAAUGUCAAACUACAAUGGAUUAUAAGUAGCCCUGAAUAAAACAAUCUAAAGUGUACUUCAGCACUCAUGUAAAAAUCAUGGCCCAUGUGUGAAGUAUUUGAAAAAUCGCAUCUGAUUUUUUAAUCCUUUUUGUUUUUAAUGUUGCAUUAACAUUCAGUAAUCCAUCUGUGUCAAGGACAUAGUAUAUUGAGAAAAGGAAAUGCUAGGAUUAGCUGACUGCACUAUAACUGAAUGGAUUGGCAACUUAGUAUUGAUUUCAAUCUGUGCGCACCCUCCCAACCUUAUAUUUGCUUAUAUAACCAAACUCCUGGACAACGUGAUACUUCUUCCUUUCAGGUGAGAUGUCAGAAAAGCUGAACAGAUGCCGUAAGGAGCUAACUGCAGCUAUUGACAGAGCAGUGGAAGACCUCUUGGUUCCUUUCCCCCCCUCCCCAGAUUCCACCACUGAUCAGAACUUUGACUUGCAGACAGCACAGCCCUCUUCACCCCUAAAUGCAGAUCUCUUUAGUGAGAAGGGAGAACUUACUCUUUCAACUGUGUAUUGCCCCCAGUCAUCUUUACCAGUCUCUUCCACUCCUGAAAAGGAGAAUCCCCUCUUCAGGCCAAACUUAAUUCCAGUGACUACUGCUUCCAACAUUCCAUGUACAAAACGGGAACCCUUGACAAGCAAGGAAAACACAUGGCUACAUCCUCCCAUCUUCAUGGCUGACCGGCAGUUUUUUAUCAGCCCAGAAGACAGUGAGAGAUGGAGGAAAGGACAUCUAAGGUAUGCUCUGCUUGUCACAGGCUUAAUUUUUGUCUUAGGAUGAAUAGCACUGAGCUUCAAUUCGGAUGGCUGUUGAUAUGGCUUCAGACUGGUCCAAAGAGCUGGCUCAAAAUAUGUUGUCACAUGAGAAAUAUAUUUAUUAAUUAACAAUUUGCCACCUUUCAGAGAUGCUCAAAUCCCACUGCCUUUCUCUGUGGAAUGGUAAGGCACAGUGUUAGGGUGCUCCUCAUGGUUCAGUUUUAGACCACCUCUACUAACUGUUUUGUAAUUGCUGGUGCAAGCACAUUUAUUUCUCAACAUACAGGAAAGUUCUAAAACACGAUUCAGAAAGCUAAGAUAUACUAGUGUAACAUUUUGGUAGAGAUCAUACGCUUUAGAGAAUGUUUAACUGAACAAUUUAAGACCAGUCUCCAUAACGUGUUUCUGUGGUGUUUAGCAAACCUGAUGAAAGGCCUGUGAAGUCAGAAGCAAGUAUAAGUGCCACUGAUGUUCCUCCACAGAGCCUGAAAGAUCUUGCCAAUAUGAGUGGUAAGUGUUGUCUGCCCUGCUUACCAGACAUGGCUUUUUAAAACUGGCACUGUAAAGAGCAAUUGAGUUGCAUACCUGCAGAGUCUGUAAUAGACUGUGUAACCUGGUGAGGUAUCUUUAGUUAUUUUUCCGUUACAUGAACAAGCAGUCAGUACUAUUUUAAUCAAGUUUUUAACCAAUAGCUGCUAGAGUGAAUGCAUUAUUACAGGGUGUACCAUGGCAAAUAAUUUCAGCAGAAAGCCAAGGGCUUGAACAGCAGAAAAGGUUAAGCAUGCAUAUCCUUGAAAUAAGACUUUCUGACUUGGAAACAGUUACAUAUGGCUAGGGAGGAAUACUUUAGACCAGGAUGGCUAACCUUUUGGACCCAAUGAUUGAUCUGGUGAAUAGGGAGAUGGAGGCUCUAUACUCUGAUCCUUCCAUCACAAUGGGAAUGCAGCUUCUUUCCCACUCACCAGGUAAUUUAUCAGGGGAGUGGGAGACCAUUUGCAUUCUGAACUUGCACAAGCCUUCUGAGAAGUGUUCUACAUGCAGGAAGAAUAGAAUUGGUAAAAGAAUUAACCACCAUCCCUGCCAAAUUCCUGGGGGUGAGGAGAGAGGAGAGAAGGGCAUAGAAAAGUCUUGGCAGGCAGAAUGCAGCUCAUAGGUGAAUCAUCCCUCCUUUAGACCACUGUGGCCCAAUUAGCGUUCAUAACUUAGAAUCCUUCACAUCCAUUGCUACACACUUGCUUUCAAGCCAUCACCUAUUGACAAACAUGAAGAUACUUUAUCCCAAAGCUGGGAGGAAGAUAUUUGAGUAAUUGUUAUUAGAAUGCUAAAAGCAGUGGGUUCCUCUUUAGGGGGAAAAAAAGCCUAGUACUUGCACUUAUCUUACAUGUUAGCCAAUGGAAGCUUAGCAGGAGUGUUUAUGCUGAAAAUCCCUCUAUGUAUCAGCUAUUCAUCAAUUUGUGCAGAUAUUUAGGGGCAGGACUGAUAAGUUGCAUUCUUGUUUUUACACUGAAGAUAAUCCAGCUAUUUGGCCAUCAGAGAGGAUGCACAGGAAAACUGACUUUGAGAAUGAACUUCAGCAGAUGUCUAGGCUCUCAAGUGAACUGUUUCCUCUAGAUGAGGCCUCAGCCUUGGAUCCGAGUGCACAGAUCGGUUUCAGGAAGGUCCUGGAGCAUACUUUAGAAGAUGAAGCAAUUAUUGAAACACUGCUGGAUAUGGAAGAGGAUUACAAACCAAACAGCUCCACCUUGCAGCAGCUGCAGUAGAAAGGCUGGUGUGAGGUGUGAGCUAUUUAAGAUUUGAUAAUUAAUGCUUCUGAACCAUGGAAACUUAGGCAAAUAAUCUUUUCUGUUGCAAGAUGCACUAUUAAAGUGAUUUACAAUAGUGUGGCGUUAUAGUGUUUUCCCCAUAGGCUAAUGAACACUGAACAUUAUCUAGGCCUGGAUCAGAAGAUACUACCCUUAAGAUAUUGUAUUCCUGUCUUCUGAGGAACAACUUAUCCGCAAUGUGCGUGACAAGGGGUAACUGAUUGUAUAGUCAUGGUUUCCCACUACAUUUGUCAAGCAAUGGGAUGGUACAAAUCCAACUAUCUAUAUUAUGGCAAAACUGCCUUAAAGUUCUUCAAGCUUUUAGCUGCCUUAUUUUGUAAAGCUAUUCAAGAGAAAAUGC